CCACCCGGACUCCAGUUCCUCUUCCCCUGCAGAGUCGGAGGAGCGCUAGGGAAGCGACCGCAGGGGAUCUGAGCGGGCGCCGCCGGCUUCUGUGCGCCCGGGUCCAGGUGAUCCACCACGAAGGUCCUCGGCGCCGGAGCUCUCCAGCACCGCCCAGGUUGCUUGAAUGGGGCGCGCCCUGCCGUGGGCGCUGUGGUUGCUGCCGCUCCUGCAGGAUCCAUGCAGCCUGGGAUUGUCCUGCAACGUGUCCUCGUGGGACGUGGACUGGAAUACGGAGUUCACGGCCACAUGUUUGAACUUUAGCGGCCAAGGCCUGAUCAUUCCCUGGAACAGGUCUCUGCAGGCCAGCAGCGUGCUCCUCCUCGACCUGUCUGGGAACGGCCUCCGGGAGCUCCCGUGGUCCUUUUUCGCCCGCCUGGAAAGGCUGCAGAUCCUGAAUGUGACCAACAACCCUCUGGACCGCGUGGACGCGGAGCUGGCAGAGCGCUGUGCCCUUGACUUGAAGGCUGACUGCCGCUGCGCCCUCGCCUCCUGGCACCGGGUCCGGCAGGACAACUGCUCUGACCAGCUGCCCCUGCAGUGCCUGGACGCGGGCACCUUCACCUGGCACAACCUCUCCGCCUUCCUGGACGUCAGCUGCUCCUCUGGCCUGAGCGGGGCGGCCAUUGGGGCACUGGCGGCCAGUGGAAGCCUGCUCCUUGGGCUCACCAUAGCUGGCUCAUUGCUGCUCUGGAGAUUCCGGUCACGCUGGUCACCCAGGAGCCAGAGCCAGGACAAAACAUGGGCUGCUCCCGGUGGUCCCAGGCCCAGCUCAGGCUGGCAGCCGAAAUACAGUAGCCGGAGCCUCAGCCUUAAUCAACCAGAAGCCACCCUACCCAGACCCCCCACACCUGACUAUGAGAAUGUGUUCAUAGGCCAGCCACCUGCCAAGCACCAGUCGGCCAAACACGGGACUCACCCUUCAGAGGACAGUGACUUCUACAUGAACUACGAGGACCUCCGCCGGGCCUCCCAGCCCGUCUACGGCAACCUGCAGUUCCCGGGCCAGGCUCCAGCACUCGAAGAUGAGUACGUGAUGACAGGGCACUGAGCCUGCCCCAUUCCAGGUGAUCGGGCCAUUCUGGAUCUCCCCUGGCCUCAGUCUCCCAGCCUGAGGAAUGGGGAUAGGGAAGGACUGUCCUUGCAGCCCUCUCCCCAGCUCCUGCUCUGCUCUUCAGCCCCCUCGGCUGCUAGAAAGGGAAGAGGAGACUCCAACACAGACACGGGGUUCACGGUGUCAACUCCAUUGUCACCUUCCUCUCGGUGUGCACAUGGUGCUCAAUAAACACUGUGGGGCUGGUGAGGCUGCUGGCUCAGAGGGAGAAGGUUCCUGUCAGUGACUUCCUGAGCUCUCGAGACUGGGUCUCUGGAGACUCCUGAAUUUCUCCCCAGCCCCUCCCCUCUGUCCCUCUCAGGUCCCCUCCCAGGUCCCUGGCAUCCAGGCUCAGUACCCAGGGCAGCCCACGCCAGCCCCAGAGGGAUUUAUGUAACUCAUGAAUCAGGACUGUGUCCUUCCCCUGCUCACACACCCUCUGUGGCUCCCCAUUGUCUCUGGGUCCGCAGGCUGGUAUUUGAGGACUGUACGGCCCAGCCUUGUCCACCUCACUGCCUGUCCCUCCCCUCUGCCCUUCUGGUCUGGGCCUCGCCCAGCUCCCUUCUGAAGCUUUCAUUUUCCUAAGCCAUUUACCUAUGCCACUCCUUUUGCCCAGAAUGCCACCCCUUCCUCUUUUUCUUACUCGUAAACACCCUAAUAGUUGCAGAACUAUGUCUGGGGCGUCAGGAGGCAUGAGUUCAUGUCCUAACUCUGCCAUUAAUUCCACGCAUCUCCAUCUGUAAAAUGCAGUGUUAGAAUUGGUCUCUCUCAGUCUGUGUUUAUUUAAAAUGUGUGCUUGUUUUUUUUUUAAUUGAUUUCAGAGAGGAAGAGGGAGAGAAAGAUAGAAACAUCAAUGAUGAGAGAGGAUCAUUGAUCGACUGACUCCUGCACAGGGUGGAGCCUGAAACCCAGGCAUGUGCCCUGACCAGGAAUCGAACCAUGACCCCCUAGUUCAUAGGUCAAUGCCCAACCACGGAGCCACACUAGCUGGGCUCUAAGUCUGUUUAGCUCUAAUACACUGAUAUCUUAACUCAUCCAGAAACAGGAGUACUGAGAGAUGAGGAGAGAGAGAGGGAAACUGAGACCCAGAGAAAUGAGACAGGGAUGUCCCAGGCUGCCCGUGAAGGGUUACCAGCACCAUCCAAUUGCCUGUCAGCUCCAAGAACGGCCCCCUGCCCAUUCACUGAACCUUCCACUCACCCCUAUCUUAGGUCCCCUGUGGGAACUGAGGCCAGGGAGGGCCAGGCUCUUCCCAAGGUCCCCAGAUCAGGCAUCACAGGAGUCAGGUCUGACAGAUUCAUUUUUAUUUCCACAGUUUAAAUAAAUGUACACCCUGCUGGAUCAGCGCUCCCCAGCUCUCUGGUCCUCAGGCCAGUAACCCCAAUAAAUUAAUAAUAAAUAUCAA